AUGUCUGACUCCGUCGAAAAAGGCAGAUCGUUCCAAACACCAAGUCCCGCAGGGCCUGAGCACAAUGGCCAGAGCAGCGCCCCAUCAUCCGAGGCUGCUGCUCCUGCAGAGCCCGUGGUACACAUCAUCGAUCCCAACGCGUCUAGCUUUCGCAAGGCAACAGUGCUCGUUGUUGUUUGCCUUGCAUUGUUCAUCGACUCGUUUAACACGGGAGGCAUGAUCAUUUGUCUGAACAACAUCGAGGAAGACCUCGGACAGUCACCAGCAAUCGUACAAUGGAUUUUGACAGCGUUCAACCUGACUUUCGGCUCUUUCCUCCUGCUCAGUGGCCGCAUAUCAGACAUAUACCAUCCCAAGCCUAUAUUCAUCUCUGGAUUUUUCAUCGUCGGCGUCUUUGGGAUCGGUGCCGGUUUUGUGAACAACAUCAUCGGCCUUAUCAUCAUCCGUGCCCUUCAAGGCAUUGGAGCCAGCAUGACCAUUCCCUCCGCCAUAUCCAUGCUUACCUCCGCGUACACGGAUCCUGAGAGUCGCGGAAUAGCCCUCACAUUCUUCGCAUCUGCAGGAACCCUUGGUCUUUGCUUAGGCUUUGUUAUCGGUGGUAUCAUAGUCCAAUUCGCAUCGUGGCGCUGGGUAUUCUGGGGCAUUGCCUGUGUCGCCGUGCCGAUCUCGCUUUUAUCUAUCUGGCUGAUCCCAGUGCAAAGCCUUCGCAUGAACUCCAAGAACAAGAAGAUGGACUAUCCCGGUGUUGCGACAUUGACUGCCUCUAUCAUUCUUCUCAUCUUCGCCUUCUCGCAGGCGCCCACUUUUGGUUGGGGGACGGCUCGUGUAUUGGCCCCUCUUCUCGUAGCUCUUCUUCUGCUCGGGGUCUUCUUCUUCUGGCAGACUCGCUUGAGCGACGAGCGCGCCCUCAUCCCGCCCAAGAUGUGGUUUAUCCCCAACUUCCUAAUCCUCAUCCUGGUCUCGUUCUCCAACCAAAUCUACUUUAUUGGGCCCGUGGUGUUGUACAGUAACUACUACCCGACGAACUACGGAUGGAGUCCGCUGACGAUCGGAUUGCACUUACCAACGUCCACAUUUCUGACUGAGAUUCUGUCCUUCAGCCUUCCUACCGGUAUUAUCAGUGGAAUUAUCUGUAUCAUCUUCCCUCGCCAGAUCCUUCGUCUUCCUCCCAAGAUGGUCCUCGUCGCGGGUCAACUCAUGGCUGGCGUCUUCGGCAUCCUCUACGCGUUUGCCUACACGCGCGAACGCUACUGGAGUUACACUUUCCCUGCCAUGGUCCUCGCCACCGCGGGUAGCAGCGUCACCUACCUUGUCUCUAAUGUCGGCGUCAUCACCUCCGUCCCGGUCGACAAAGUCGGUGUCGGGGCCGCCGUCUUCAACGCAGCCCAGCAAGUCGGCUCAGCCGUCAACGUCGCCAUCGUCACCACCAUCCUCGUAGAGACGACGAAGACGGACCCCCAGACACCGAAAGAGUCGUACCAUGGUGUGAGCAGCGCGAUUUGGUGGAUCGUGGCGAUUGGUUGUGCGGAGGCGAUCGCGAGUGCAAUAUUCUUCAGGCCGAGGAAGAACUCGUUAGAAGGCGAUGGUGGAGAGGGGAUGGAGACGCAGAAGUUGCAGGCUCGGGAUGAUGAGGUCAAGGAGGCGGUGGCGACGGGAAGUGCUGGGGGUAUUUGA